CGCAGCUCAUGUAGGGAUCCCACCCCUUUUGUGGGUUUUCAUUCUGAAGCUAUCCACAACUUUACACCUGAAUGAAUGCCAAACCUCCCUGAAUAUAUAAAGGAAAUCUUCAAGAGCAAUUGCAGAGUUACCCAGAAGAAGCAGAAGGAAAAGAUUUCAUCCAGCUCUGUCAGACACAGGCUGAACCAGCCAUGCUUCUCCCUGCCAUUCACUUCUAUGGCUUUCUCCUGACUUUCAUCUUCACGAGAAGCUACUUGGCUUUCAAGAACGAUGCCACAGAGAUACUUUAUUCACACGUUGUUAAACCCGCUGCAGCGAGCCCAAGCAGCAACAGCACGUUGAAUCAAGCCAGGAACGGAGGCAGGCACUACACCAGCACUGGAUCCGACCGUAACAAUCGUGUUCAAGUUGGUUGCCGGGAACUGAGAUCCACCAAGUACAUUUCUGAUGGCCAGUGCACCAGCAUUAACCCCCUGAAGGAACUGGUGUGUGCUGGUGAAUGCCUCCCUUUGCCACUGCUCCCCAACUGGAUUGGAGGAGGUUACGGAACCAAGUACUGGAGCAGGCGGAGCUCGCAGGAGUGGAGAUGUGUCAACGACAAAACUCGCACUCAGAGGAUCCAGCUUCAAUGCCAGGAUGGAAGUAUAAGAACCUACAAAAUAACUGUGGUCACAGCCUGCAAGUGCAAGCGAUACACCAGGCAGCACAAUGAGUCCAGCCACAACUUCGAGGGAACCUCUCAAGCAAAACCUAUCCAGCAUCACAAAGAGAGGAAAAGAGCCAGUAAAUCCAGCAAACAUAGUACAAGUUAGAAGUCAAACAUUCUCUCCUCUCUCAUCUCCCUCUCCUCGUGCCAAAACUGAACUCACCUGUAACCAUUUGCUUUACCCUUCUGACUGCUUAAAGACAAGUCUGCCAUUGCUGUGUUCUCAGUUGACACUACUUGCUUUGACCAAAAUCAAAAGGGGCAUUCUCAGCAUAUGGACAUUUUGGGUGAUUUUCCAGAUGCUCAAGAUGGGGAAUAACACAAGCUUUCCAAGCCCAUACUAUAAACUUUUACAUUUUCUCCACCCAUGGAGGCAAAGAAAAUUUGCCAUGAGUCUUCACUGAAGUCUAUUUUGUAAAAAGAUGCUUUGUCGUGUGUUUUCCUGAGAACAGUUAUCACAUCUAUUGCCUUCUAUAUCAUGUUUUAUGAACUUCUGACAACAGCUUAAAAAUACAACACCUUGUAUCUGCUUUCAGAUUCAUUCUAAAAAGAUGCUUUGCAUGCUCACCUUUCUCUUAUCUCAGUAUACCAAAAAUUAAAAUAUGCAUGGCAGCAAUCAAAAAGUAAAGCUGAACAAACUAUUUAUUUGUUGUUGUAAUUAUUUAAUGAGCUUUUAUGUGUGUUAUUUCCCUUCAAAAUUUCCUUAUGUUUAUAGCUUUUCAUAUGUAUCAAAGUAUUUUCCUAUGAUUUGUGGCUGGGUUAGAACAUAAUUUUGUAGAUAAUGUAAAAUAGACAUUUUAGCAUUCUUGGUAUAUAUAUUUUAAUUUUGAACAUUCAUAGACAUAGGUGUUAUUUCGAAGUAGCAACAUAAAAAUUGUAUUUUUCAUUCUCCACCCUGUAUUAUUUUUGUUUAAAAAGUGUGCAAUCAAAAGACAGAUAUAACUUCCUUUCAAAUUCAUUGGUUUCUUUUGUUUUUUUAGAAAAAUAAACACUGCUAAAAACCUG